AGAGAAAUACUUCAUGGAGUAUUUUUGCCCGAAGUUCAGAUUUACAGGAACAUUUUUUCAUUUCACGACCCUAUAACAUUCGUCUCUUGAUUAUUUCCCCUGUGGGCUUAGUAUUUGAGAUUACGAUGUACACUGACAUCAAUAUUCAACACUGUCAGUAUACAUUUUGAUUUGCUUAUUUUGAUUCCAAGGACAGUAUCCUGAGAGGCAGUAUUUUGGGCGAAGCUACCCACACGCCAUCACGGGAAAGGAGGAAAUAACAAAGCAGUAUUUAACAGCUACUUCUGGUCAAGUAGUGAGCUAACGUCUCUGAGUUUGGUUGAAUAUUAUCAGCGGUCAAAAGGGUUAUUUAGAUACUAGUUUCUUCAAUUUGCGUGAAAGACGAAGCUACAAUAGCCAAAACGUUAGCUUCUAGACGUGGUAGUGCUUUUUACGUCGCAGGCAAAGUUAGCGGUAACUUAACGCUACGUGUUGGUUCCUUGUCAUUUUAAUGCUAAGCUACAUAGCUAAGUGAAUAUAACAGAGCUAACUCUGUAAAUUACUGAAGUUUUUGAAAGAUACUUUUUUUAAAAUUAAGGUUGACGGGGAAUCGUCUUUUAUUCGUAAGGUAGGAUUAAUAGCUUGCCUGGAAACACCAGGCGUUUGUAAAGUCAUGGCGGACGAAAAAACACAGUUCUGUGGCAACUGCAAGCACGACAUUCCAGAGGCCAAUUUUACUACCCAUGAGAUUCACUGUCGAAGAAACAUUGAGCUGUGUGAUGUGUGCCAGGAGCCUGUCCCCCGGUCUGAUCUUCAAGAGCACAAGCUCCAGGAACAUACCCAGAUUACAUGCAAGUGCGGACUAAGGAUUGAUAAGAAUCACAUUGAGGUUCACCAGAGCUCUGAGUGUUCUCAGCGGUUGGUCCCAUGCCAGUACUGUGAACUGGAGGUGGUUUUUAGUCAGUUGAAAGAGCACGAAGACUAUUGUGGUACACGCACUGAGCCUUGCCCUCGAUGUAAGUGCAAUAUAAUGCUGCGAGAACAAGCAGUGCAUCCAGUCUUAUGUGGAAGCCUCACACCACCCCAAGAGAGCAACAACAGUCGGAUGAGUCGCAGCCCGGCAGAGCAACAGCCUACAGGUGCAUGGUUUGAAGCCCACUCCAUCCGAAAUCCCUUGAGAGCUCAAGAGAGAGGUCCCAAGAAUAAUAACAUCAGUGCAGCAGAGCAGCAAUCCUUUUCUCGUCCAUUCAACCCCUCAGUUUACAACACCUCGAGGGGACAUCAGGCCACAGGAGAAUGGAAGAAUGCUGCACCUCAAAAUACACCUUUUAGCCACUUCCUGGACCAGGGUGAUUUUCGGCAUGGCAGCAGCAGUAUGUGGCCACCAAGUGAACACACACCAGAUGAAGAUUCGUCAGGUCUCGAUUAUAUGUUGGCUCUCAGCCUGCAAAGUGAUGGGGAAUCGGUGGCUGGAGGUGUAGAUGGCAGCGUGUGGAGCGAUAUCUGGCACCACAGUUUUGGGAAGUCUAACACAUCUGUAAAUUCUUCCCUUUCCCCACCAAACAACAACUACCCUAACUUCACUGGUGGGACGAGCACAAGUGUAAACCCAGAUAACGAUCAAACAGAUGCUAUGCUACCUUGUGAGUUUUGCGAAGAGCUGUUUCCAGAAGAGGACCUAAUUUUGCAUCAGACCGGGUGCAGUCCCGCCUCUGCCUUUGCAUCCUUUAGCAAGCAACCCCCAUCUCCAUUCAAAGAGGACAGAAUGGGCAGGAAUGCUUCAAGACUGAUGCAAAGCCUUCCCAACACACUUGCCUCUAACAUUCCCACCUUCCCCCGGUCGGUGUCGCCCGCCUCCUACAGCCCCCCAGCCAGUCCACUAGAGGGCGACGUUGUAAUUCCAUGUGAAUUCUGUGGCGUGGCUCUUGAGGAGGCUGUUGUCUUCCAUCACCAGGACAAAUGUGAUAUGCGCCCUAACAACGCCCACCCACUGAAUAAUACAGCAAAGCCUUCCAUCAGAAAACCUUUGACUCAAGAUGCCUUUGGGCAGAUGUCUCCAGAUUUUCAGAAGACGACAAAUUAUCAGGCUCACCAUUUGGAUGAGGACUUUGGAUUUGACAGGGACCCACCAUCUGAACCAAACGUAAGAGGAUGGCCAAGAAGUCACUCAGAAGUUCAGAAUCAAAAAAAGACGCUGAACUGUGAUGUCUCUGUGAAAAAUGGACCAGAGGAUAGCAGAGAAGCAGAGAGGGCUCAUUUACCAUUCUAUGACCCAGAGACACCUGCUUCUGCCUCAUUAAAGGGACUCCACAUCCCAGAAAACAAAGAAGGGAACAGAAGAAACCCAAUAACAAAGAUGCCUAAGAAGCAAAAUGAGGAGCAGCAGGAAGAGUGAGAACUGGAGCUUAUGGAAAAUAGAAAAACCAAAACUCCAUAUCUGCAUUUUAUGUGUUUAUCUUUUGCACAUUUUUGGAUCUGACAAGUGCCUGUGGGAACUUUAUUACUUUACAGUUUAUAUUCUGAUGAAUUUUACUACCAAUAUCAAAGGUUUUCAAUUGAUUUAUUCAUGCAUAUUUUUCUUUAUUCUUGUUCGAAAUAUUUGUAUUUCUCAUGUAUGUUUAGCCUGAGCUAAAUAGUUUUUUAAGUCCAUUUAAUUUGCAUUGAUUUUUUUUUGUUUAAAAUUUUGUUCAAAUUACACAAGUAAUGGCUCUUUGAGAACGUCACGAGCAAGAAUGACUGAAAGAAUUUGUUGAAAUUAGUCUUUAUGGUGGCACUUCACCAAAGGGCAACUUGUUAUCACCCCUGUGUAACAGAUCUGAGUAUCUCCGUGUUCCUCAUGGUUUCUGCGUCUUUAUCUAACAUUAAGCACUUUGAUUAUUUAGUUAAAAAGGGUUAAAGAAUGGAUUUGAUACAUUUAUGCAUCUUUGAUCAAGAUAAAGGAAAAAAAGUUAUUGGAAAUGUGUCUUUUUAUAAAGUAGAAUACUUGUCUUUAAUACUUUAAUUACUAAGUAGAACUAUUUAGUUAUGUUUAAUCCAACCUUUAGAUCUAUAUAUGUGUUAUAAUGUUUUUAUGGCUGAAAAAGCUGUCUCCUGUGUGAUGCUCUGUUUUUUCGAGGCCCUCAGUUAUAUUGCCUCUCUGAAUAAAAUAGAAGGUUUAUAAGAUGUAUUUUGUGUAUAACACUUUUGAAAUGCUUAUGAAAUAGGCAGCCACUAAGGAUUGAGUCUGCGAGCCCGAGUAGAGAGCAGCCGGUCAUCUGCUGUUGUGUUAUGAAACACAACGCGUGUCUUGAUCUGGUAAUUAAACAAUUUAAUGAGAAC